AUGGCUUGUGCCGACGUCUUGCCAGGACCCGAGGAGUCGUGUCCCAGCUAUGAUAUUAAAGACGCGGGGAGCCUUCAGUGUCCUUUCAUAUUCUGCACCAGCGAUAACGACUGCCGCCUGGAUCAGAAGUGCUGUCUGUCUGAUGAAAGCCAGAAGUGUGUGAAGCCCCAGCCCGAUGUUCUAAAUGUGUGUCCUCCGUUUGAUCCUGCGAUCUGCCCGCUGGCCAGACCUGGACCCGAUGAGUGCAAAACCGACGUCCAGUGUCCCAGAGACAAGAAAUGCUGCUGCUCCAACUGUGGCUGGAAGUGUGUCCCCCCCGUCCAAGUGAAAUACGGCCGAUGCCCUCCCAUACUGGCGAAGUGUAAAACGCCUACUCCAGUCCCAAAAUGUAAGCAGGACAGUGACUGCCCUAACAAAAAGAAGUGCUGCGAUAUAUGCGGGAAGAGCUGCUGGGACCCCGAAGAAGAGCCUUUUGGGUCUUGCCCCGACGCUGGGAUCGCCGAGGCGAAGUCUCUCCGGUGCUCCUCCGUCACGUGCAGCCGCGAUGCGGAUUGCGCGGCGGAUGAGAAGUGCUGCGCGUCGCGGGGGAAACAGCAAUGUGUCAAAUCUCCGACAGAGGUAACCACUGUUUGUCCUCCAUCGAAGGCCAUAACGUGUGUCAGCGGGAAAGCACAGAGCGACGACUGUCGGAGUGACGCCGAUUGCCCCAAGUCAAAGAAAUGUUGCUGUUCGAGUUGUGGAGCCAAAUGUGUCUACCCUAUAAAACGUGAGAUAAUGAUUGGUAUCCCGACAUCAUUCACUAAAGUCUCUUCAUCAAACCUGCGAGACAUUUUAAUAGCCCUCGGAAAAGCAGGCCGUUGCCCACUUGUCCAGACCAUCUGUGCUGCUUUCCCCUCGGACCCACAGUGCGACACUGACACAGACUGUCCCGGUGAUAAAAAGUGUUGUGAUAUCUGCGGCAGGGUCUGCAGUGAUCCUAAACCCGGUAACGUAUGAUCCUAAGAAGACAGAGAAAGGAGACCGGGACAGCCUUAGGUCUACAGGACCAGAGGAGAAGA